AUGAAAAAGAGAACCAGAGACAUGCCCGAUGACAUGACAAAAACGGUGGCGACGCCGCCGUGGGAGGUCCUCCACCUGUUCGCUGACCGCCUUGACCCCAAAUCCCUGGCAGCCGCUGCCUCCGUCAGCCGGUCCUGGUCGGCCGCCAUGUCCGCCGAUCACCUCUGGGGCCCCCUUUGCCGCGCCUCCUGCCCAUCCCUCUGCUGUCUCCACACCACCGCCGCCGUGCCAUACUCCAGGAUCUACUCCCUCGGCGUUGCUGCCGGCGAGCGUCUCCGCCAAAGCCCGCCGGAUCCUCGUAUCUCGGUGGGGGACCUGACAUUCUCCGUCGACGCCGUCCUGUCCAAUGGAGGCGACCGCGUAGCCGCCGUCGUGGUCCCCGCGGCCGAGGCUAGGCCCAGCGCGUGCGACGUUUUCGAGUUCGAGAUGGACGUCGGCGGCGGCGGGGCGGCGGAUUUUGCGGCGGAGGACAGGCUGAGGAUCACGUGGAACGUGGUGUUUGGGGGAUUUAAGAGCGUUUUCACAGCGAUGGAGUGUGGGGGGAAGGGGAGCUUCGUGGUGGGGCAGGGGUGGUUCUCUAAGGAGCUGCCGGCGGCGGGGGGAGGGGUAGUCGGCGGGGAAGGUAGUGGGCUGGUGGCGGAGCUGAGGUUGGGGCUGAGAGAGGUGGGCGGCGGGAGGAUGGCCGUGGAAAAGAUCACCGUCGGGAUUAUGAGCGCCAUGAGCUGGAGGUUCGUGCGUGUGGAUGACGCGCUUAGGUACUUGGAGUACUUUCUUUUGCCGGAAAAUCGAAAUUGA